AUGAGGAAGGAAAUAGAAUUCACAACCAGGGGAUUUUUCACAAUGGAUUACAGUUUACUCACUGCGAUGUUGGGAGCAGUUGCAACUUAUCUCGUAAUCAUUAUUCAAUUUGGAGAAAGUCCAGUAGAACAAAUUAAUUAA